AUGAGGUUCAAAAAUACCUACCAGUCUGGAUUCCUGUCCAUUCUCUACUCCAUCGGCAGCAAGCCUCUUCAGAUCUGGGACAAGAAGGUGCGCAAUGGCCAUAUCAAGCGCCUCACGGACUCUGACAUCCAAUCCAGCGUUCUGGAGAUCAUGGGGACCAAUGUGAGCACAACGUACAUCACAUGCCCGUCGGAUCCUGCGAAGACACUGGGAAUCAAACUCCCCUUCUUGGUCAUGAUCAUCAAGAACCUGAAGAAGUACUUCACCUUUGAGGUCACGGUUCUGGACGACAAGGAGGUCCGCCGGCGCUUCCGAGCCUCCAACUACCAGAGCACCACCAGGGUGAAGCCCUUCAUUUGUACCAUGCCCAUGCGACUAGAUGAAGGCUGGAACGCGGCGGUUCGCGAUGGAAUCAGUGCCUCGCUUGGAAAGCCGCGUUGUUUGGACGUGGCGUGGGUCCACGUGCUCGCGAGGAUUCAGUUCAACUUGUCGGAUUUCACCCGCCGCGCGUAUGGGACGAACUACAUCGAGACUUUGCGUGUGCAGCUCCAUGCCAACUGCCGCAUCCGGCGAAUCUACUUCAGCGAUCGGCUCUAUAGCGAGGAGGAGCUGCCUCCGGAGUUCAAGCUCUUCCUCCCAGUGGCCCAGAAGGCACAAGGUGCUUUGGCUCCCAGGGUGACCCUAGCGGACACUUGGAAGAAGGGCGCGCACGGGGUUUUCCGGGCGGGCGACCGGACCGAGGAACCUCAAACGGUCAUGAACCACCCAACGCCUCAAAAGGCGAAGACAGCUUUGCUUCUGCCUGACAAUGUGGCCACCUUGAUGCUUGGAGGCUACAAGGUGAAUGUCUCACAACACGUGGCCUUGAGCCCAUUGCAGCUGCAGCUCCGUGCUAUCUUCCAGGUCAUAGGUGCAGCCACUGGCUUCGUGGCCUACAAUGCGACUGGUCUCGACGCUCUUCAGUACACGAUCCGCAGCGGCUUGCUUGAAAAGGAGGGUCUCCAAGCCCAGUACGCCCCACAGACGCCCAGUACGACACCCGCCGUGGAGCAGGUGAAGUCUGGCCAAGCAGAUCUUUGCCAACUGGCCGUGGCCGCUUCCUUUGCCGAGCUCGAAAGGUCGACAGAGAAAACGGCGCUGGUGCACUUCGCUCAGAUCAAUGAGCGCGACGGCUUCUUUCUCGUAGGCCGCACGAAAGAUUUCCAGUGGAGAGACUUGGAGAACAAGGAGGUGCUGGUGGAUCAUCUCUUUCAACCUCUGGCCUUGAUGAAAUAUGCCUGCCAUUUGCAGAAUGUGGACUAUUCAAAGAUGAAGGUGGUUGACGCAGGCGGCCCAGAUGACAUGGAAGAAACCUUCCGCAAAGGACGAGGUGAUUUCGUCCACCUGCAGGGCCCUGCAGCCCAGAAGCUGGAAUAUGAGGGCAAAGGUGUGGUGGUUGCAUCGAUGGGCGAUGUGAUUGGACCAGUCGCCUUUAGCUCCCUUUAUGCCAAGAGGGAAUGGCUGAAGACGGAUGUGGCCAGAGCCUUCAUGCGAGCCUAUCGACAGGGCCGCGCAGCCACUGCGCAGUUAGCAGCGAAAGAAGUGGCGGAGGUCGUCCAGCCGUUCUUCUCAGAGGUGGACCCCGAAGUCUUGGUCUCCACCGUGGCCGUGUAUCAGAAGAUGGGCUGCUGGGAUGGCGAGGUGGAAAUUCCCAAGGCAACUUAUGAGAAGCUCCUGGAUGCCUUCCUCUACAGUGGUGUCAUCUCCAAGCGUCAUCCCUAUGAUGCCGCCAUUGCUGCAGUGGAGUGA